UUCGUGCGUGUUUGUAGACUCGCGAAUUACCAGAGAUUUCGAUUUUCUGAAAGCAAAUUGAGACGUGAAUUUGGCGUGAUCACCUGGUAAAUACCACGUUGGAAGUGUUUUAAGAAAUUAAGAUUAUUACUGUCUUGAAGAAUUAGAAACAUGUCUCUCUUUGGGUCUUUGAUGGGGGAUGUUGAAGAUGAUCCGUUUUUCGGCUCGCACAUGCGUCACAUGCGUCAAAUGAACAACAUGAUGAACUCUCUCUUCUCGGACCCGUUCGGCAUGCUGGGCGGCCCGCUGUCCCUCAUGCCGCGGUCCAACAUGGGCAUGGGCAUGGGCGGCAUGAGCAUGAUGCCGUUCAUGCCGCAGAUGCCUCAGAUGAACAGAUUGUUCUCUGCAGAUCUGGACGGGCCGAUGACUGCCGGCAGCUCCUUCAGUAGCAGCACAGUCGUCAUGUCUUCUGGUGGACCCAACGGAAAACCUCAGGUAUUCAGCUCGACCAGCAGCACAAAGAUCGGCCCCAAUGGCAUUAAGGAGACCCGGAAGACCCUCCAGGACUCGCGCACCGGGACAAAGAAAAUGUCAAUCGGCCACCACAUUGGCGAGCGAGCUCACGUGGUGGAAAAAGAGCAGAACGUGUAUUCAGGCGACCAGGAGGAGAGACAGGAAUUUAUCAAUCUGGAUGAGGACGAGGCUGAGGACUUUGACAGAGAGUUCCAGGUGAAAGCCGGCGCCUACACGCACAACGGCCGCGCCGCGCUCGCCGCCCCGCCCGCGCCUCCAUCAUCAGACCCUGACGAACGAGAAAGACGAGCCAUUCGGCCCGCGCCGCGCCGCCCGCUGAGAACUACUGCCAGCCCGCUCGCACAGGGCGCCAACAGUUCGUCCGUGCGCUCCGUGUACGGCGGCUCGCACCCGCAACGGCACCGGCACGACCGCCCCCGCAACAAGCGACACUCCCCCGCCGAGCACUAGCCGCCACCGCUAACCACAGGAACUGACAGGCGGUAACAUCUGGUAUUAUGCUAACGUCACUUUGAAUAACGCAUAUGGCGCGGGUUUAUGGGGAAAAGUUCGUGUGCCGUUUCUAAGCAAAAAGUCCCACUUUGUCUGCCAUGAGGACGCUUUGACAGGUUAUUAGUAUAAAGAUCAAAUAUAUAAAGACAAGCAAAUCUCGUCCUUAUGGUAAGCGACAUAGCGGGACCUUUGACUAGACUUCGACACAUAAUUUCUUCUAAUCUUCCUUUAGUGAGGCAUAUGCAUAACAACAGUUAAAGUAGUAUGCCGGAACCAACAAGCGACCGCAAAAUCAUUCUUAUGAGAAUAAUAUAUAUGGCGCAGUAUUUUGGGAAAAGUUUUGGUUAGAUCUUAUACGUUACUUGAUAAUAAUAGCUCCCACAGCGAUAUAAUGCCGGGAACAAUAGGCGGUAACAUCAAUAUUAUGCUAACGUCACUUUGAAUAACGUAUAUGGCUCUAUCUUUUGGGGAAAGAUAGAUACGUCUGAAGACCGAUAGAUUACGAGAUACUAAUGAAGUAUUAGAUAAAGACGAUUUAUCUGGCUAUUAUCUCCCUCUUUAUUUGGCAAUCUAACAAAACCACCAAUAAAUGUAUGCAAUGCGCGCCGUUAUAAUUAUCACAAAAAAAAAUAUUUACGACAAUGACAUUCAUAGUGGUCACUUUUGUGUUCUUUGGCGUAAAAAUAAUAAGCCAAAAUAUAAGAGACCAUGUAAAAAUUGGAUAUAGUUAUAAUCUGUGUUCAAUUCAAAAUAAGACAAAAAUUCCCAAUUAAUGAUAUUUCCCUAGAAUUAAAUAGUUGCUUGUCUAGAAUUUCAAUAUGUUCUUAUUUUGUCGAUUAUUUAUGUAUAAUAGAAGCGAAGCGACAUGCAUAAUAUAAAUACAUAUUUGAGGACAAUUACUUCUCUGUUCAAAAAUUUUAUGUCAUCUUUUUCAUCCGGUAAUAGAUUACUUCUAAACGAUAAGACCAACUUUAUCGUAGCUGCUCAAGUCGCGCUUCUGUUGUACAAUCGGAGAGUAAUAAAAUGGGUCAUUUUGUAUUAUAUAUUCCACUCAGAGUGACCCUUUUUAUUGCUAUUGAGUAUAUUUAGUAUUCUAGUGUCCAAUACUCGUAUCGACUGUUAGCAGUAUAUGUAGCUAAACGGGUAAGUUGCACAAAAAAUUCUAAGCACAUUCUUGCUCUCUUAACGAUUAUGUUUUGUUCAGAUAAUUUUGGAUACUUCACCCGCUUAGCUACUUAUGCUGUGUUACAGUCGACGUCAAAGAUAUGUUUACAUUUUUCGCCUUAUUACAAAGGCAUAAGGUGCAAAAGUGUAAACAUAUCUUUGACGUCGACUGUACAUAUCUGACCAUUAGAAGUGUUAUCCAUAAUACAGUUAGGUUAGUUAUUCCAUGUCAUGAAUCGUUAUUUUUGUAUGGAUUCGGUGUAAUUUAUAGAAUAUGAGUAUGAUGGACGAUUAGAUUUCAUGACAUGACCAUAAGUGUGUUGUUGACACUUGACAUGUAUUUUUACAUCUCAUGUGAAGUUAUAAAUGUUUGCGACCCUCUUAGUUAGGUGGCGCUUAAAAAAAUGCAAAGUAACUUCUUAACGUCUUUUAAAAAAAAAUAUUUCCAACUGUCUUUGUUAGUUAAGGGGUAUAUCUUUUUAUAUUCGGGAAAACACAACGACACAUUCACGUUCUAAUUUCCAAAAGUGUAUGACUGUGAGACAUCAUUUGAACUGUAUGAGCGCCAUUUUACCCACGCUGGUCUUGGGUAGAAUUGUAUGUCUCUAAUUUCAUAAUGUUAUUUUCCUGUAACUUUUUCUUUAUUGCUCGAAAAAGUUGGUUUGAGCUUAGAAAACCUAAGAGGUCACCUAAUUUAAUUUCCUUAACUGUAUACCACGGGAAAUGGCGUAUUCUGAUGCUGUGGUGUGAUAUGAAUAAAUUAUUGCCAUCUGCGACUUUAGUUUGACUUAUGAGAGUAAUUAAUGACCAAAAUGUGAUCUGGGGCAAUGUGGAUCCUCAAAAAUGGGACAAUUGCUAACUACACACAAGUCUCGGUGAAAUAUAUUUGAAGACCACCAUAAAUCUCAAUUUUAUUUGAUGUUGACAUCAGAAUUACGGCUACUUCAUUUCGAGUAACGUAUAUGGUGACGUAUUUUGGGGAAGUAGAGAGGUGACUACUGACUAUACCGCGUGUGGCCUGUAACACGCGCAAAUAAUUAAAACAUAGAUUGUACUCCUCAAACUGUGACAUUUCAGUUCAGCAACUUUAAAAAAUUAUGAAGUAUUUAGACUCCCUAUUUUUCAUACAAAAUAAAUAUUAUCUUCAAUGGACGCCAUCGCCAUGCCAUAUCAUUUGUGAUUGACGUUGCUUGUCACGCCUUAAUCAUAAUAAAAUUCGCAAUACAUUGCGUCUUAGAAUAGACUUUAAAGUGUAUUAACCCUUUAACCGCCAGAGUCUGAUAUAUAAGACAUUACAUAUCCAGCUCAUUUCGCCACAGUCUGAUAAAUAAGACAAAGAUCUGAUUUGGUUUUUACAGCACAUUUAUAACUCCCGUAACUAUGCCAACCUUACUCUGCGUGGUACAAUUACUGUCGGUGGCGACACGAGCACGCUCGAUCAUAAAUUGCCGGCGGUUAAAAGGUUAAAAAUCAAACCAAAAGUUAUUUUUAAAAGUUGCUGAACAAAUGUUGAUCAGUAUGAGGAGUACUGCGUACAAUUAAAUUUUUUGCUCGUAUUACAGGCCACACCCGGUAUAGGAUGAGAUGUACAGGUUGUAUUACUAAGUUUAUUUCACAGCAGACCUAUGACUAAAUUAUACUGCGUCGGGGUCGUGUCGUUUAACGUAUUAUUGUCUGUUGCCUGGCAACCCCAUACUUUCGGCGAUCGCAUUAGGUGAACGAUUACCUAUAAUUGCACCCUUAGACCACUAAUCUUUUUACGCCCCAGUUCAUGUUCUUGGCAUUUAUUUUCUUAAGGGCUGAUUUAGACGGCCGCGAACUCGUAUGCGAUUUUGGUUACAUCGAGAACUAUUGGUUACGUCCAAUUGAGCCGACCAAUCAAAUACCGCAAUGUAAUGAAACUCGCAUGCGAGUUCUCGCACCGUCUAAAUGAGCUUAUAAUCUAAAAAAAGACGGUUUCUAAUGAGAAACAAAAACUGACUGCUUAUUUUAACGGCAGUUACAAGGUAGAUGUUAUUUUCUCCUAUAGAUCACGAUUAAUAUUGAUAUAUUAGGUAAAGUUGGUUGGGCGUGAAAACACGGUUCAUUUUGCCCCUUGUCAGGAAUGUUACUUUAGACGGUUUUGCCCCAAGUUUGUUUUAUCCCAACUGACCUAAAACGGGUAAACUAACCCAAUCUCAUGUGUAAGUUCACAAAUAAGUAUAAGUUAAGUAAUUAGAAAUACUUAAGACUAGAUUAUUUAAGUAUAUUGAUUGAUUUCGUUUUUUCUUUAUCUUCUGAUUUUAAAACGUUAUUUUCGCACAAAACCGAUCGUAUUGACUUGUUCAAUAAAGUACUUUAAUUUAUUUAAUAGUUGUUUAUUCAGCUCUUAUUAUAAAAAUUCCAUUUAGUGUAAUACAGGAAUGGUAAAAAUAUUUUUAGAUGUAUUAUUGAUGUUAGGUUUAAUUUUCAUCUUUGUGUGAUCAUUAGGAUUAAAUAGUAAAUUAUAUACCAUAAA